AGUAUCGUUAAAGAUUAGUGAGAACACUUUUUUUUCCUUAACAUUACCAAUAAUAUACGAGUCCCACAUUCAUAAUUCACAUUCUUUCAUACUAUACUACUCCAAAAGCUUAAUUAGGUCUAACUUUCCAAUUUCAAUAUUCAUGACCCUUUGUAUGGAUUCUGAAUCUACCGCAGAAAAAAUGAAAGAGAUAUCAGUGGUGCAAGAUGGUAAUUACGUCUUCAAAGAAGAGAUCCAUUACACAGUUCUCAAAACCUCUCUCUUCUUCUCCGGCGAUGGUUUCACCGCCUAUGAUUGUCAUGGUCAACUCGUUUUCCGAGUUGACUCAUAUGGACCUGAUUCUCGCAACCUAGAUGAGCUUGUUCUUAUGGAUCCAGAUGGCCGUUGUCUCCUCACUGUUCGCCGGAAGAGGCCGAGUUUGCAUCAACGGUGGGAAGGUUUUAAAGGUGAAAGAAUAGACGGUGAUAAACCAACCUUCAGCAUAAAAAGAUCAUCGAUGAUCGGACGAUCACAUUCAGGAGUAACAGUAGAGGUGUACAACAACUCUAAUGAGGAGUACCAUAUCGAAGGGUGCUUCUCACAGCGUUGUUGCACCGUUUUUAACACGAUGAAGGAAACAGUGGCUGAGAUUCAUCGUAAAGUGGACCCCACCACAGGUGUUAUGCUUGGGAAAGAAGUGUUAACUCUUUGCGUUAAGCCUGGUUUUGAUGCUGCUUUUGCAAUGGGAUUUGUUCUUGUACUUGAUCAAAUCAGUGGUAAUAAUUCCCUUGAUGAUGAUGCAACUAUGGAGCCUACGGUACACCCUACUACAGAAGAUUAAUUAAGAAGUUAAACAAAGUACAUUGCAUUGCUUAGCUAUGAUUGGGGAUUUGUUUAAUUUAACCCACUAACCUUUGGAGUGUCCCUCACGAAGGGAAUCACCGCCCUUCUUUUCUGGUUCAUGCCAUUGGAAGAAAAGCUUUUUCAGUUUCCUAUGUAAAUUUUUAUUUUAUUUCAUAAAAAUACACAUAUCUAAAGUUGAGUUUA